UUCAUUUUGUCAACUUUGUCUAAAACAAAAUAAAUAAUAUUUUCAUGUUAUAUUUGUAUUGAUAUUCUAUUUAAAAUAUUUCAGACAUAUAAUAAAGUAUAACAAUGUUAGAACAAGUUAAACGUGUAAUUCUAAUUUUAUCAGGAAAAGGUGGUGUUGGUAAAUCAACAGUUAGCACCCAACUGGCACUUACACUUAAAGAAAAAGGAUUUAAGGUUGGUCUACUGGAUAUAGAUUUAUGUGGACCCAGUGUUCCAUAUAUUUUAAAUUUGGAAGACCAAAACAUACACCAAGGUACUGAAGGUUGGAUACCAGUGUAUCUUGACAAUGAACAGAAGUUAGGAGUUAUGUCUAUAGGCUUUUUAUUGAAGUCACGAAAUGAUGCAGUAGUAUGGAGGGGACCAAAAAAAACUUCAAUGAUCAAGCAGUUUCUAGAAGAUGUAUACUGGCAAGAAUUGGAUUUUCUCAUCAUCGAUACACCUCCUGGCACAUCAGAUGAACAUAUCACAGUAAUGGAGAAUUUACGACAAGUGCCUCAUUGUUCGGCAAUAAUAGUGACAACACCGCAAGAAGUUGCCAUUGAAGAUGUGAGGAAAGAAAUCACAUUUUGUAGAAAGACAGGCAUACCCAUCACGGGUAUCAUUGAGAAUAUGAGUGGUUAUGAAUGUCCCGUCUGCAGUGAAUGCACAAACAUAUUCUCCAGCGGUGGAGGGAAAUCACUCGCUGACCUCACAAAGAUUCCAUUCCUCGGCAGUGUACCAAUAGACCCCAGGGUCGGUAAGCUGGCCGGCCGUGGUGUUGCAGCCAUCAAAGAGUUGCCAGACUCAAGGACUAGUAAAGUAUUUAAUGAACUUGUAACACAAUUAUCAGAACAUACAAAUGGUGUAUAGAAUAUAAGUACAUACAUAUAAGUACAACUGUAUUGUAAAUAUUAAUAAAAUUUGUAUUAUAAAAUAUUUUAGUUAUUAUUAAAAUUUAUAUAUAUUUCUUUUUUUUCAAUACUAUGAUGUUGGCAAACAAGCAUACGGCCCACCAGAUGGUAAAUGGUUAGCCUAUGGAUGCCCGAAGCACCAGGGGUGUCACGUGCGCAUUGUGUGAAGUAUACAAAGAAACAGAUUAUUUAAAGAUACAUAUCAUAUGUUUCCCGUUGUAAUCUUCUAUCUUUUCAAGUAUGAAACUGGCUAAGAAAUUUUAUAAAGCAAGAGUUGUGAGAGAAUGUACCAUUUACCAUUUACCUUUUCUUCUUACAAAAUGAGAUAAUUUAGUUACUUAAUCUCGCUAAUUGUACUCAAUUAUCACUGCCUACACCGUGAGGUAUAUAGCAGGAAGAUAGAUAAAUAGCAUAGUGGAUAAAAAAAUCUUGACACAGCUUUUUAGCUCAAUGACUAUGUAUAAAACAAACAGAUUAAUUAUGGAACCAAAGAACUACAGCAAAAUUCUAAACAUAUAUAUAAACUAAAUAAAUAAAACUAUUUCCAUACCAUCAGUAAUACCAUUUAUUCACUAUUGGCACAUAUAAAACAAUAAAAUGCGAUUAUAAAUAUUAUUAAAAAAAUUAUUUCCUAUAUUAAAUAAAAAUUUGGUUGUACAAAUACCCUGAUAGUUAAUAAUAUGAGAUUUCCAAAAGGUCUUUCGUAAAAAGUACAUCCAACAUAUCUUAUUUACAUAAAUAUUGUCUAAUUUUAAAUAACAUAAUACAGAUAGUCUCUUAUGACCUCUGCUUAUGAGACCAUAAGUAUUUAUUUACUUACAAAUUAAAUAAAAAUAAUAUCUAUGUCUUAUGGACCUUCAUUAAACAAUUCUCCUACUUACAAAAAUACUCAUGAAUACAAAUGUUUGUACCGUGCGAGGAAUCGAACCCGCGACCGUCGGAAGUAAAGCGGUAUGCUAAACCACUAGACCACCGAGGCCGUCAAUUUGCUCUAAUAGUCUAAAGGCUGUUACAACGAAUCAAGCGCCUCGUUUUUGCUCCGAGAUUUCCUACUCUUAAUUUAUUUUUAAUGAAUUGUAUGAGAAUGUAGUACCAUUAGGAACUUUAACUUGUUUUGUAUAAUUUAACAUAUUAUUCAUAGUUCUUAAUAUAGUACACCAACGUAACAUCAACAUUUUUAUAUUAUAAAAUAAUUUAUACUUCUAUAUACCUAGUCUAUAGAAGAGCGUGAUCUCCUAUCACAAGUAUUUAAUUAUGCUUACAAGGAGAUCCCAGCCCCGGCUUAAGAAAAUAUAUAAAUAAGAAUAUAAUAACCUUGUUGAUAUGUAAUAAUAUGUAAAACGUCUUGGUUAAUUAAAUAAAUUUAAUUAUAUACUAUACAAUACCUACAGUAAUUUUUACUUCAAUUACUACAAAUUCAAUGUAAGUAAACAAGUAAAACAGCUGUUAGUUUGCAAAAGGUCUUGUCAAGGAUUGACAGUUCAAUAAAUAAAGUAUACAAAAAGAGGACCAUUACACUUCAUCUGUGGAAACUCAUUCAUUAAUAAGAUAUUGUCAUUAUUUUCUAUACUGAUAUAUAUUAACGCAAAACGACAGAGAAA